AUGCCCAACGCAGCCUCUGCCACCCUCCUGUACCCGUCCCAGCGCCACAUCGCGGUGUCACAUCCUUGGUGUCACAUCCUGGUGUCACAGCGCAGCGCCACAUCGCGGUGUCACAUCCUUGGUGUCACAUCCUUGGUGUCACAGCGCAGCGCCACAUCGCGGUGUCACUUCCUUGGUGUCACAUCCUUGGUGUCACAUCCUGGUGUCACAGCCCAGCGCCACAUCGAGGUGUCACUUCCUUGGUGUCACGUUGCAGUGUCAGAUCCCCGGUGUCACAUCUUGGUGUCACAGCCCGGUGUCACAUCUUGGUGUCACAUCUCUGGUGUCACAUCCCGGGACUGGGCCCUGCGUUGUCACGUCCAUGACGUGUCCGUGUCCCCAGGCCACCACUCCGUGUCCUUCGGUGCCGUGUCCCCACUGUCACAGCCUGGAGACAUCUCUGUCCUGUGUCACAUCCCGGUGCCAUCCUGGUGCCACCUCUGUCCCUGUGUCACUUCCCGGUGCCAUCCCUGUGCCACAUCCUGGUGCCAUCUCUGUCCUGUGUCACUUCCCAGUGCCAUUCUGGUGCCAUCCCUGCGUGCCCACGUCACUUCCCAGUGCCACCUCCGUCCUGUGCCAUCCCGGUGCCAUCUCUGUUCUGUGUCCCGUGUCACGUUCCAGUGCCAUCCCCGUGUCACAUUCCAGUGCCAUCCCUGUGUCACAUCCCGGUGCCAUUUCUGUGCCAUCCUUCCGUGUCCCCUCGCUGUCCCUCGCUGUCACAUCCCCGUGCUGGCUCUCCACGCUGUCCCCUGUCCCCCUGUGCCACGUUCCUGCGCCGUCUCCGUGUCCCCGAGUGCCAUCUCCGUGUCACAUCCCCACAUCCCGGUGCCACCUCCGUAUCCUCUCAAUGUCCCCUCAGGGCCGAGUGUCACAUCCCCAGGCCCCGGCGUCACACCCGUGUCACACCCCCCAGCCACGUCUGUGUCCCUGGGCCACCUCCCAGAGUGUCACAUCCCAGUGUCACCUCCGAGUGCCACAUCCCAGAGUGUCACACCCUUGGUGCCACCUCCCAGUCCUGUCCCCAGCCCUGUCCCCACACGGGACCCUGUGGGAAACUGAGGCACGGCCAGGGGGACAGAGGGGACAAGGGUGUCCCCUGGCCUCGGGAACGUGGGGACAGUGGGAGGGGACAGCUGGGAUGGCAGGGACACGCUGGGACACUCCAGGCCAGGCCGGGGCUGUGGUGGCCGUGGCAGUGUCACCAUCACGCUGGGCGCCAAAGGGGGGUGGCACAGGGGGGUGGCACAGCAGGUGUCAC